AUGGAGUUGGGGGAUUAUGAACAGCCCGUUGUUAUGAGAGAGGAGAACAAACGAAGGAGAAGAAGAAUGAAACCUCAUUGUACAUCGAGUAAUUUGUCGUCAAUGGAACUGAUACCUAUUGAGGUCAUUUUACCUACAAGCAAUAAACAUACUGAAGUACCAGAAAUGAUGUUACUUGAAAUAGCUGGCAACUGUACUGUUGAGCAAAUGAAAGCACAGAUUUGGAUGCGUGCAAUAGAGAUGAGUCAAACCACAGACUUCUACCACACAUUCACCCCAGAUCAAUUCAUUCUGCAGUAUCAAAAGAAAGGGCAAUGGUAUGAAAUUUAUGAUAAACAUCAAGUAAUACAGACAUUGGACUGCAUACUCUACUGGAAAGUUUUACAGAAAAAGGUAGGCAAGAUCUAUGUUGUCCAGAAACAAAAGCCAUCAGAAGAAGUUCAGGAGUUUCAGCGGCAACUGAAUGAUUUAAUUGGUUAUGACGUCACUGAUAUAAGCAAUGUGCAUGAUGAUGAACUAGAAUUUACCCGUCGCAGAUUGGUCACUCCACGAAUGAUAGAGGUAGCCUGUAGAGAUCCUAAAUUGUAUGCAAUGCACCCAUGGACUACAUCUAAGCCACUCCCAGAAUAUUUAUUUAAAAAGAUCACUAAUAAUAACAUUUUCAUAAUCAUUCAUAGAGGAACAACUAGCCAAAAAAUUAAAGUGUCAAUAGAUGACACUCCAGAUAUGAUUCUCCACAGCUUUUUCACCAAAAUGGCAAAAAAAAAGUCUUUGAUGGACAUUCCUGAAGAUCAUAGUGAACUGGAUUUUGUUCUCAGGGUGUGUGGCAGAGAUGAGUACAUUACUGGAGAGACACCAAUCAAAGAUUUUCACUGGAUAAGACAGUGCCUUAAGAAUGGGGAAGAAAUCCACCUUGUCUUAGACAAUCCCCCUGACCCAAAUGAGGAUGAGGUUCAGAAGGAAGAGUGGCCAUUGGUGGAUGACUGUACAGGGGUCACAGGGUAUCAUGAACAAUUGACAAUAGAUGGAAAAGAUCAUGAGAGAGUCUUCACUAUCUCUUUGUGGGACUGUAGUAGGAAGUUUAGAGUGAAAAUAAUUGGCAUCGAUAUACCAGUUUUACCAAGAAAUACUGAUCUUACUGUGUUUGUGGAGGCUAACAUUCAACAUGGGCAGCAGCUGCUUUCACAGAGGAGGACAUCAUCAAAGCCUUUUACUGAGGAGGUUCUGUGGAAUAUUUGGUUGGAGUUUGAUAUCAGAAUCAAGGAUUUGCCUAAAGGAGCACUCCUGAAUCUUCAGAUAUACUGUGGCAAAGCACAGGGAUUAUCCACAAAGACCAACCUUCAGUCACACGACUCCCCAAACACUGAUUCAAAAUGCAAAAUUCAGCUUCUCUAUUAUGUAAAUCUCUUGUUGAUAGAUCACCGUUUCUUGCUACGAACUGGGGAAUAUGUGCUCCACAUGUGGAAAAUUCCAGGCAAGGGGGAAGAACAAGGAAGUAUCAAUGCAGACAAACUCACAUCAGCAACUAACCCCGAUAAAGAAAACUCAAUGGCUAUCUCUAUUGUUCUGGACAAGUACUGUCACCCAAUUGCCUUGCCCAAGCACAGGAUAACAUCAGACCCCCAAGGGGAUAGGACACGAGCUGAAAUGCCCAACCAGCUUCGCAAGCAACUUGAAGAAAUCAUAGCAACUGAUCCACUUAAUCCACUUUCUCCUGAGGACAAAGAACUGUUGUGGCACUUUAGAUAUGAAAGCAUAAAGCACCCAAAGGCAUAUCCUAAGCUGCUUAGCUCUGUGAAAUGGGGACAACAAGAAAUAGUGGCCAAAACAUACCAGUUGCUAGCUAAAAAGGAAGUUUGGGAUCAAAGCACUUUAGAUGUUGGACUCACAAUGCAACUUCUGGACUGUAACUUUUCAGAUGAAAAUGUCCGAGCGAUGGCAGUUCAAAAACUGGAAAGUUUAGAAGAUGAUGAUGUGCUUCAUUAUCUUUUACAGCUUGUGCAGGCUGUGAAAUUCGAGCCAUAUCAUGACAGUGCAUUAGCCAGAUUUCUGCUAAAACGGGGUUUGAGAAACAAAAGAAUUGGUCACUUCUUGUUUUGGUUCUUAAGAAGUGAGAUUGCCCAGUCCAUGCACUACCAGCAGAGGUUUGCAGUCAUCCUGGAAGCCUAUCUUAGGGGCUGUGGAAAAGCAAUGCUGCACGAUUUCAUGAAGCAGGUUCAAGUAAUUGAAUUGCUGCAUAAAGUCACAAUGGAGAUAAAAUCAGUUUCUGCAGAAAAGUACGAUGUCACUUCUCAAGUUAUUGUACAGCUGAGACAAAAGCUUGAAAAACUGCAGAGCAGCAAACUUCCAGGGAGUUUUAGAGUUCCGUAUGAUCCUGGGCUACGAGCAGGAGCCCUAGUGAUAGAAAAAUGUAAAGUAAUGGCAUCUAAGAAGAAACCCCUCUGGCUUGAGUUUAAGUGUGCAGAUCAAACAGCUUUAUCAAGUGAAACUAUAGGCAUAAUCUUCAAACAUGGAGAUGACCUCCGUCAGGACAUGCUUAUUUUACAGAUUCUUCGAAUUAUGGAAUCCAUUUGGGAAGCAGAAUCCUUGGACCUCUGUUUGUUACCAUAUGGUUGUAUUUCUACAGGGAACAAAAUAGGAAUGAUUGAAAUUGUGAAAGAUGCUACAACAAUUGCCAAAAUUCAACAGAGUACAGUUGGCAACACUGGUGCAUUUAAGGAUGAAAUACUAAACCAGUGGCUCAAGGAAAGAUGCAUGAUUGAAGAAAAGUUUCAGGCAGCUGUGGAAAGAUUUGUUUAUUCUUGUGCUGGAUACUGUGUGGCGACCUUUGUACUUGGAAUAGGAGACAGGCACAACGACAACAUUAUGAUUACAGAAACAGGUAACCUUUUCCAUAUUGAUUUUGGUCAUAUUCUUGGAAAUUAUAAAAGCUUCCUUGGAAUUAAUAAGGAAAGAGUUCCUUUUGUGCUGACUCCAGAUUUUCUGUUUGUCAUGGGGACUUCAGGAAAGAAGACAAGUCUGCAUUUCCAUAAAUUUCAGGACAUAUGUGUAAAGGCUUAUUUAGCUCUUCGACAUCACACAAACCUGCUGAUCAUCCUGUUCUCCAUGAUGCUAAUGACUGGAAUGCCCCAAUUAACCAGCAAAGAGGAUAUUGAAUAUAUCCGGGAUGCACUGACAGUAGGGAAAAGUGAAGAAGAUGCCAAAAAGCAUUUUCUAGAUCAGAUAGAGGUUUGCAGAGAUAAGGGCUGGACGGUGCAAUUCAACUGGUUUUUACAUCUUGUGCUUGGGAUCAAACAAGGAGUAGAAAAGCAUUCUGCUUAA